AGGUUAAAGGCAUUACAAACGGAACCUUACACAGAGAAAGAAGCAGAGGCCGCCGCAGGUAUGGGCUCAUAUCACCCACGGAAACAGAUGAACAUCAAGUCACAAGAAAAAGGAACUGAUGAAUCUUCAGACACCAAGAUGCAAGAUGUUUAAACGUAGACUAUGUCUCGAAGGCAGCAAAAUAUUAUCAGCAGAUGAAUUGGUGUCGCCACCAUUCAUGAUCAAGCAUUGAAAAAACCCAAUGUGUAAAACUCACCAUCUGUAAGAAAAUAAAAUAUCUGGUAUGGAACUUUACAUUGGAUACUGUAAAUAAUGUUUAUCUUGAACUUGGGGGCACUUCCAGUGCUACACAGCAAACCACUGUAGCUUUUAUGGUUACCUUGCUUGUUCCAUGGUCCUCCUGUACGUGGCGAAUCACUCACUUAUAUACUAAAAUCCUAUUUUAUAAUUUUUCAUCAAAACCAUACUUUUAAUCAAGAUAAAACUUUUGUCACCAGCAAAUAUUAAAUUCUGAGUUAUUUGUUCAUAAUACUUAGAGGAAUAUAGUUAAUAUACUUUUAGUAUCUGCUUGUAUUAUAACAAACAAAUUGGCUAUAAACCAAUAUUUGCUAAACACUGUCUCUUUGAAAUACGUAUAGUACUUGUUAUUAUUUUUUCUUCUAAGCUUGAAGAUGUACAUGUGUUAUGUAUCUUUUAAAACAUAUGCAUUCAUAAACAAUAAAAUGAAUUCAUUACAACAAAAUAUAA